AGGGCCCUUACUUCACUUCGAUCCUUUUGGGAUCAUAUAUUAAUAUCCCAACAGUGUUUUGCCAUGCACGAGGGAUUUUUAUUUGCAGACAGAAGUGUGAUAUCCACCUUUCUAUAUAAAGCCUUUCACAUAAAUAGAUCUCUUUGCUACACUACACUACACAUCACAUAUCUUUUAGAUAAGCACUAUAUAUCUUUUGAAAGACACAGAAAGAUUGAGAUGGAAAAUAAAGAAGUGAAACCACGGAUCAAGAAAGGUCUGUGGAAACCUGAGGAGGAUUUGAUUCUCAAGACUUACGUACAAACUCAUGGUGAAGGCAAUUGGGCUACUGUAUCUGAAAAAUCAGGAUUGAUGAGAGGGGGGAAGAGUUGCAGACUAAGAUGGAAGAAUUACUUAAGACCCAAUAUAAAAAGAGGCGGCAUGUCUCAAGAGGAAGAAGAUCUUAUCAUCAGAAUGCAUAAGCUUCUUGGAAACCGAUGGUCGCUAAUUGCUGGUCGAUUGCCUGGUCGAACGGACAAUGAGGUGAAAAACUACUGGAAUACCCAUUUGAACAAGAGGUUGCAUUCUGGCAAAAGAAAAAUCAUUGAUUCCAACACCUGCCAGAAUGACACUGAUAAAGAGAACAUGAAUAGAAACAAGAGACAACGUAAUUCGAGACCCGUUUGCAGUGCAAGUCCAAAGGGCAUUGCUGAAGAGAUUAAUGAAAAGAACAAAGAGAAAGAAGAGAGCAGCAGUUUCACGGAUGCUUGGAUACAAGGCGCACAGAGCAUGAACUACUACAUUGAAUCGCCAGUGGAACAGGCCAACAACUAUGCGUUUGUUUAUGAUGAGGAGCCUUUUGUUGCCUGCUUGGAUUCCUUUGUCUUGUUUGAAUCAAUUGGUUAUAACGGCGGGGAGACAUAUUCGCAGGUGGACCUGCAACCGUUCAUGCCAUAGAGUUUCUUUUCUAAUAUACUCCAGAAUUUUGAAGCAAAAGAGGACAUAUUCACAAUGCACAACCUUGGCACCUGAGCAGAGCACUUCCACUCCCUUCGUAGUCGGUGGUUCAUAAACCCCAGAAUAUGCAUGUUCUCCCUAAUUCCUUAAUUUAUGCUCUGUUGAAGAUUGUAUUAUGAUAAAUUAUUAGUGCUAUGUAUGUAUGUAUGUGUUCUAAAAAGGAAAGGGUUAAUGUGCAAUACCGUUCCCAAUGCAUUUCUGUCUCUGCCUCCACAACAAGAAUUAGAGCGCUAAGGAG